AUAAUAGCAAAAAAAAAUUUUUAUUCGUUGUGCAUGGGAACUCAAUGUGUUGAGUUUAGUACCAUUUAUUGAGUUGAUCAGAGCAGUUCGUUAGUUGCGGGCAGUGAUAUUUUGUGUUUUAUAAUUUGCAUAAAUUUGUGUACGUUCGCUUUUUGCAUUUAAACUUCCGAGAUGUCAUAUCAAAAUCCACCACCAUAUUCGGCAACACAACAACAGCCUGGUUUUACACCGGCUUCAUAUUAUCAACCACCACCGCAACAACCGUUGUAUCCACCAAUGCCACAGCCACCGCCACAGCAAUCAACGGUGAUUAUUCAAACCACAACACCGGCUUUUGUGCCAAUUGGAAGUGGACCAAGUCAUAUUACUUGUCCUUCAUGUCAUGCUCAGGUGUUAACAACCGUCAAGUCUGAAGCUAAUACACGCACGCAUUGUUGGGCGUUGUUACUUUGUCUAAUAGGUUUAUGGCCAUGUGUUUGCCUACCGUACUGCAUGGAUUCUUGCCAGAAUUCUAAUCAUUACUGUCCCAAUUGCAAUGCCUACAUUGGAACCUACCAAAGCUAAUUGUGAAACGAACACUCCUGAACGAAAUGCACUAAAAUUCAAACGAAAUUAUUAAAGCCACGAUUCAAUGAAUUUUGUUCAAAAAUACUAAAAUAUUUAUAUAUAUUUUUUUAUUUUAAACACUUAUUACUUCUAAAUAUUUGUAAACAAACGUUAUUUAAAUAAAUGUACUAUGUGAUCAUUAGAUGUCAUAUGUAGCACCAUACCAAAAA